AAAUUCCACCCUUUCUCUCUCUACCUCUCCCACACAAAACAAAAGAGCGUCUCAUCUCUCAAUCUCUCUCUCUCUCUCUCUCUCUAGAAUCCAUAGAUAGAGAAUCAAUUAUCUACAGUAAACGAACAAAUAAACACUAUCAAGCUGAGAAAUGGCGACGAAUAUCGGAAUGAUGGAUGCGGCAUAUUUCGUUGGCAGAUCAGAGAUUCUGGCAUGGAUCAAUUCCACUCUUCAACUCAAUCUCUCUAAAGUCGAAGAGGCGUGUUCUGGCGCGGUUCAUUGUCAGCUAAUGGACGCGGUGCAUCCAGGAAUGGUACCUAUGCACAAAGUCAAUUUCGACGCUAAAAGUGAAUAUGAAAUGAUUCAGAAUUAUAAGGUCCUUCAAGAUGUUUUUAACAAACUCAAGAUCACUAAGCAUAUUGAAGUGAAUAAGCUAAUAAAAGGAAGACCGCUUGAUAAUUUGGAGUUCAUGCAAUGGAUGAAGCGUUACUGUGAUUCUGUCAAUGGUGGCGCUGUCAACUACAAUCCAUUGGAGAGGAGAGAGGCUUGCAAGGGAGGAAAAGAAACAACCAAGAAAUGUCCACCAUCUCAAUCUUCUGCCAAAGGUUCAACAGCUGCCCCUAAAGCACAGUCCUCGCAUAAUGCACGAAGAAAUGAUGCAACGUCUGUCAACUCUGCAAAUCAAUCCGCGAAGGCUUCUAAACCACCUCCUAGUGCUGUACCUGCAUAUGAUGCACAGAUCACAGAAUUGAAGCUGUCAGUGGAUAGUCUUGAGAAGGAGAGGGACUUCUACUUUGGGAAGCUGAGGGAUAUUGAGAUUUUGUGCCAGAGUCCUGAGAUUGAAAACCUACCUGUUGUUGCAGCAAUAAAGAGAAUCCUGUAUGCUGCCGAUGAUAACGCGUCAGUGGUUGCAGAAGCUCAAGCCAUGCUUCACCAAACAGAAGUAGAUCAUCUAAGCCCCAUUGCUGAGCUAUCAUCAGAGGAAAAGAUGAACUCUGAUUCUCAGAAGAGAAAAAACAUUGUGAACUUUGAUGUUGAAGCCACAGGCAUUACGGUGUUGUCACCCAGACAAAGGCUUUCGGAUGCUACCGAUGUUCAUUGCAGUGGGUCACCUCUUAUGACUUACUGAUUAAUAUCUCAAAAUCAGAGAAUGUAUUCUUAAUUGCAUCAGCUUUACCAAACAGUUUUCUUCAAAAAUCUUUCUCCUUUAAAUCUAGAUUUCCUUCUGGUGUUUACAUAUGUAACUCAACAAGUAAUAGUGGGGGACAUGCAUUGAAAGGUUUAUGUUCAGGCCCAAGUAUAUUUUACAAAGCAUUUUCUGCUUAUAUUGUCCUCCUUUUUCCAAUUAAAAGAAAUAGCAUUGAUAUUUAGCCCAUUA